AUGCGUACCUUGAUUCUUCUUCCUCUGUUUUGGCUACUCCAAAUAUGCCAAGCCUUUCAAUCGCCUGAUAUAUAUUCCCUUACACAGCCCGCAGGGGCAAGUGUAGCUCUGUCGGAAGACAGUCAGGCAGCUACUGUACCUUCCAGGUCGAGACAUGUAGCCGGACCAAGCUCUGGGCUCAACAUCUUUGUACCCAGUUAUCAAUCAGACCCCAACUGGCUUCCCCUUACGCUGGCUCUGAAGACGAUUGGAUUGCAAGUGAAGGUCAUUGAAUCGCUGAGCAUUUCUUCCCAAUGCUGGACUCUGCUUGUCUACACGCCCCCAGGCGUGAAUUACAGCCCCAGCUCUGCCGAUGUCACGGCCUUGAAUUCUUUCGUGUCCAGAGGUGGCCGAUUGAUAUUCAUGAACAAGGUCCCCUCCGCUCUUCAAUCUCUUGCAGGUGUAACUGCAUCUACUGUAGACACGAGCGGUUCGCGAUCGCUUUUGCAGUUGACCAACACUGAAUCGCCUGUACAGGCUCUCCGGGGCUUCGACUUCACAGAUUACUAUGACAUCAACAUGCCUUUUUAUGAGAACUACACUGAACAAGGCCUUAUCAAUGUCGGCUAUACGCCUGCUAGAGGUUCACAAACACUUGGAAAGUACCAGGUUCGAAACAAUGGAGUAGACAGUGCAGAUAAGUCCGCUACAAGCGCAGCUAUUGUCAGGAAUCAACCUUUGGGUGCAAGCGGAUAUGUAUACAGCAUCGGUAUGGAUCUUGGUUAUUUGUUCAUUCAGGCGCAAAACGAGGCCGGCGGCUACUCGCCGUGGUAUGAUGGACAUUACUACCCCGGAUACGAUAUCGGAACACGCAUCGUCAAGAAUAUUGUCACUUCUAGUCCGCAAUUUGUCAGCCUAUGGACGGUCCCAUACAACAAAGGGCUCGCUUUCACCACCACCUGGGAUAUCGACACCUACGUCUCCUACCCCCACGGCCAGGGUAUGGCAGCCGCCGCGCAAGAAAGAGGCGCUUCUGGUAACUUGAACCUCCAUACCAAGUACAUAACAGAUGCCUACGAGAACGCAUACUUCCAGUAUGGGAUUCCAUACAUUUAUCAGAUCACCGGGCUCCGGACGGCUCCUGAUGGGUACCCAUACAUCGAUUUUGGCACUCACACUGUCAGUCACUCGCCAAAUGCGGCAAGUUUUCCUUACGGUACUCGUGAGGAACGGUAUAUCAAAGGAAGUGACGCAGGGUACGCGCCUUACAUUCACCAAUGUGGGGCUAACGCUGAUGGAACACCUCCUGAUGACCAGCGGUGUAUAAAGGGAGGUCCCAGCGGACUUGCGUUCUAUACAUCGGGUGGCUCUGCAUCAGGAGAGGUUCGCGUAAGCGCAUUUCUGAUUCGAUAUAUAUUACAGGAUGUAUUCAAAACCAACUACAACCUCACCACCUACCGCCCCGGAAAUCUUGCAUGGAGUAAGUACCAAGCUACGCAUUGCGUUGCAAAUGGAUUCAUCGGCGGCUCUUCAUGCUCGGGAAACUCCCACCUUACCCACCUCCCUUUCCAAGUUACGCACAACCGUGAAUCGUUCGCAGAGCUCCCAUACUAUGAGUUUCCUCUCCAAUGGUCUGAUGGCGAUGGAAACAUGAGUAGUGCCAAUUUUCCGGGGUCAGACUUCUCAAACCAGAUCAACGAUAUCAAGAAAAUGGCAAGGUAUGGCGGUCACUAUAACAUCUUGAUCCACCCUUCGGAUGCGGUUUUCGACAAGAUUCAAAUACAGUGCGCAUUCCACGAUACCGUGCGUCCUUUUGCAAUCUUCUUCAAUCAGACAGGCUUGGCCAAUUGGUGGGCAAAUCGAGAUCGCGCUGUUGUGAACAUCACAGCAGCGAGCAGAACAUCGGCGACGAUGACAGUUCGUUUGGACGGCCCUACGGAAGGGCUUACUCUACAGGUGCCUCGAAACUAUGCCAUACAGUCCGCGACGGGCUCUCUAUCAGUCUGCCAGCAGCUUUCGUAUGAUAAGACAACAAACGCGGUCGUUCUGCGAAACACGGCAAAGGGGCUGUAUACUCUCACCUUCACCAUUGGUUUGAGCGACGCAUCCGUCUCCACAUGCCCCGACUUCACACCAAAGGCGAUCGGGGAUACAGAAUGCGUAGCAUGGGAUGUCAUGAUUGACGAUUUUCUGGAGCUCUACUUUGGCAACAACAAUGUCAAUCUACUCUUGUUGCAAACAAGCGCAAUAGGACUUUCGUCAAACAACAUCGAUGGCACUUUGCAACUUACAGCAACUACCACCAGUGGGGUCAACUCGUACUACACGGAGAUCUCACGUUUCUGCUUCGACGCUUCGAUCUAUACCCAUCUUUACUUUGACAUGAUUGCGCCUCAAGGAACCACCUUUUACGUGCAGCUUGUCUCGUACGACUCCGGAUGCAAUUUCGAACAGCCGAGCCCCACAUACUUGGACGUAACCAGAUACGCCGCUGCUGACGGCACAAAUCAUACUGUUACCAUACCGCUAUCAGACUUCCAGGGACAAGAUAUGCUCCAUGUCCGCGGUAUACGUAUUGGAAACAUCUCGCCAGACCAUGUGCCUAUCUACAUCGAUAAUAUCAAGAUCCAGAAGCGAUGCGUUACUGCGCCAGGAGAAGAUCGCACCCAGGGUCUGGCGAUUGAGUCCUUCCAAAACGUUGAUCGGUGGAUCACUGGCAUCAACAACAUCUUUGGUCAGACUGACUACAACAACUCGAUGACGUUUGCAAAGCUCUCGGAGCUUGGGAGAAUGCAGUUGUUGCCGUCGAGCUCCAACUCGUACUUUUAUACCGACACUGCUGUCAAUGGCGUUACUUUGAACGCCACCGGGUACACAGCCGUCUCUUUGAACGCACGUGGCCCGUCUGGUGGUUCCUUUGAUGUGGUUGUGACCUCAGGCACUGCUAAUACUACUUCUACCGUCAACACCAAGUCUUAUGCUACCUUGAGCCAAGACAAGUUCACGAACAUUACAAUCCCUCUUACGGCAUUCUCAGGACUCAAGGCCAAUUCCAUGAGCCGUAUCACGCUACGAAACUUCACACCCAGUGGUGGUUCUGCUGCCAGCAACUUCACUAUGCGAUGGAUCUCUCUUCUGGGAGGCCCUCCCGGAGGCGGUGCUGGUUCACGUUGCGCGAGAGCCUCUGGCUACGUCGUGUUGGAUUUUUGCGAUCCGGCUGAAUUCACAGCGCAAACCAACGCCCUGGGAGCUCCCAUGUCAGACAACAAGACGAUGACAUCCUACAAGCAAGUCGCCAGUGGUUCCGCUGAUCUCGUACCUCGGGAUUCGAAGUCGUACUUCUACACAUUGCUCGCAACGACGCCUGGCUGUGUAGCGCUUAACAGCUCUUACGAUUCGAUCAAACUCAGUAUCUCUGGCCCUCAAGGCGCAACCGCGAGCAUCGGCUUCAAAUAUGGUGGUGACGGCUGCAACACCAAUAUGGUCACGUCUUACACUCCGAUUAACUUCAACACUGCGCCAACACUGCUCACGAUUCCAUUCUCGCGCUUCUCAUCUACUUUCAACGCCAAGUACCUCCAGUCGUUUAUCAUGACCAACUUCAGCUCUCCCGGUUCGACGUACCGUAUUCACUCCCUGAUAUUCACAGGACCUAUUGAUAACCCUGGUUGUACACUUUGCUCAGGUACCGUCCUCAACACCUGCACAUUCACAUCGGAUGUUCCACGGACAAACCGACUCCUUGGCGCCAUGACCGAUGAAGGAUCUCUAGCCUCAUACUCUGUCAGCAAUGACGGCUCGCUCAGUCUAGGAGCUAGCAGCGGUGCAUACUGGUACUCUCAAUUCGGCACCACCUGUUACAAUGCCAACAAGGUAAACGCGACUGGUAUCCAAAUCUCCAUGGCGGCCCCCGCAGACACCACUUUCCAGGUGUCAAUGCGCUGGAAGACAGAUGUCGAGUGUUCGUUAACAUCGCCGGCAUCUUCGGUCCCCAUCACUUCGUACACGUCGUUCGCCGGCGCUGAUUCCUACAAAGUCACGUACAUUCCCUUUUCCGAUUUCCCUGGCAUGAACGCGAGCAGACUCGACAGUAUCGCACUAUCAGCUUUCAACCCUUCAAACGCGGAGAUCAAACUCGGCUGUAUCAGUUUGGCUUCCACCGCAGUCGUGCCAUCGAAUCAGACAUGUAGCUGUCCCGACACCGCCUGGUUGAACUACUGUACUUCAAAGAACGUGGAUCGCAAUGCUAAUGGCAAUGCGCAAAGCGACGAUGGAACCAUGGAGGUUGCACCAGCCGUCAAGGAUGGCGCUUUGGUUCUGCAACCUGCUGUUUCUGGCUCUUACUGGUACUCGCUCCAGAACUGCGCAGACGUGUCAUCAUCUAGCUUCCUCUACCUCAACGUCACCGCGAAGGCGGGUGCAAGUUUCAAUGUUCAACUGCAGAGUGGCGGGAACGGAUGUGCUGGCUCUACACUGCUCCAGCGAGCCAGUGUAUCGAGUACUUCUUAUGGUACCCUGGGCAGUGCUCCCGUACUUCUCAAGAUCCCGCUUUCGGCGUAUACUUCCUCGGGUAACAGUGCGUUCUCUCUGUCGGCGGUCAGUGCGGUUGUUUUGGAGGGAUUCAACGCUGAAACUUCGAUGUAUCUCAUUCACUGCGCGUACUUUGGUAAUGACACAUCGGGUGGCACAGCUGCAGCUUUGGGCGCACCUUCAUCGUCAGUCACGGCUUCAUCAUCAGGUACUGCUUCAUCAUCAGGUACUGCUUCAUCGGCAAGUGCGGCUUCAUCGGCAGGUACAGGUACAUCGACGGGUGCAUUGACCGGUACAUCGACAAGUCCGGCUACGUCGACAGGCGCAGCUGCAUUGGCAGGCGCAACUACACCGACAAGUAGAGCUACAUCAGCGGGUACGUCGACAGCUGCACCGGCAGCCUCAUCGAUAGCCACAGCUGCAUCGACAUAG